GCUGUGAGACCCCGGAUCUCUCUCUUCUUCCGGUGCUGGAGUGAUCGCGCUGUAAUCAUGCCGGCUAAAGGACCUUUACAGUCUGUGCAGGUUUUCGGGCGCAAAAAAACAGCCACGGCUGUCGCCCACUGCAAGAGGGGAAACGGGCUCAUCAAGGUGAACGGCCGACCUCUGGAGAACAUCGAACCCGCCACCCUGCAGUACAAGCUCCUGGAGCCCGUCCUGCUGCUGGGAAAGGAACGAUUCGCCGGCGUCGACAUCCGCGUGCGCGUCAAGGGCGGCGGCCAUGUCGCCCAGGUCUACGCUAUUCGGCAGGCCAUCUCCAAAGCCCUGGUCGCUUACUAUCAGAAAUAUGUGGACGAGGCCUCCAAGAAGGAAAUCAAGGACAUCCUGAUCCAGUACGACAGGACCCUGCUGGUGGCCGAUCCCCGCCGCUGCGAGUCCAAGAAGUUCGGCGGUCCCGGAGCUCGCGCCCGCUACCAGAAGUCCUACCGUUAAUCCGGCCGUGCCGUUCUCUUACAAUAAACAUGAGGAGAAAAUAAA